AUGUCCAUUCUCGUGCGCCCGCCCAAGCGCAAACUCCACGAGGUGGAAGCCCUAGCCGAAGAUGCACCUCGCAAGCAGGGAUCCAAUGGCCAUGUCUCAACGACCCCGGCUCGAUCGGAUUCAACGUCUCGCCAACAAGCCGAGCAUACCGAGACUCCCGUCGACCCGAAGUGGCAGGCGACAUCGCUGCGAGAACUUCACUCGAAUCGUGGCUCGCCCGUCCUGUUUGACAGUGGUCCCUUGCAGGUCCCCCGCAACUUCAGCCCAAAUGCGUCAGUCGUGUUAAUUGGCAUUCGAGGCACCGGGAAAUCCAGUCUCGCGGUCAUUCUUGCGGCGACAUCAGGCCGGCGCUUGAUCGAUGCCGACCGCUACUUCCAGCAGAUGACCGGCUGCUCGCGCACCGCUUUUAAGAGGGACAAUGACCUCAUUGAAUACAGACAGCAAGAGGCCCGGGUGAUGGAGUCGAUGCUAUCAGACAAUCAAGAAGGCUGCGUGAUUGCGUGUGGAGCCGGGUCGAUGGAGCGCACUGGACAGAGGCUGUUGCGGGAAUAUGCGCGCACCCACCCGGUCAUCCAUGUGGUCCGGGACCCGAACAGUAUUCAGUCAUACCUCAAGGCGUGGGAUACGCAAAAGGUGCGGCAUUUUCUCGAACUGUCCGGCCCCAUAUACCGCGGGUGCUCCAAUCUGGAAUUCUUCAAUGCCUCCGAGACCAGCGGCAGCGAGCAUGGAACAAAAGAUAGCCAUGUCGAUCAUACUCCGACUCCAUUCCUCACAUUGAAACGAGUCCAGCGAGACUUCCUUCGUUUCAUCGCCUUUGUGACCGGCGAUCAUGCGGAGCUGAGCCGCCAACAAGCCUCUUUCCCUCUGUCAUUAUUGCCCGUCGAAUCUCGCAUGUACACAUCCGCGGUCUCGGUGCCAUUCUCAUUCAUCCAUGAACAAGAUGUGGACAUUGAGUCGGUAGAGUUCGGAGCAGAUGCAUUUGAACUGUCGAUCGACGUGGCCAAUUGUUUUUCUGGACCUUCUGGCGUCGAUUCAAACUUGGCAGACGGCAUCAGUCAGGCCGUGGCGACCAUCCGCCGAAAAAUCAUCGUGCCAUUGAUCUACCAUGUGGAGAGCCAUGGCAUUUCUGGACCAUCGCUCUCUCCGAAUCGAGUUCCUUCUCGAUGCAACGAUGAAAUUUAUCUGGAUCUGGUUCGCCACGGUCUUCGAGUUGCCCCAGAUUUCUUGACUAUCGAUUUAUCACGCGACGAUGGUCUUCUUUCCGAAGUCAUCGCUACUCGAGGAUCCACCAGAAUCAUUGGCCAUUUUGAAGCUUUUCACCCCUUGCCCGGAGGUUGGGACGGAGACGAAUACAUCAAACUCUACGAACGAGCCAGAAAGAUGGGCUGUGAUAUUGUCAGGCUAUCUCAACCGGCUGAAACGAUGGAGGACAACCUCGCUGUUCAGCGAUUCCGCCGGCGUGUCCAGAAUCUUCCAUACCCCGAGCUUCCACUGAUCGCUUACAAUACCGGCCACCUUGGCCGAACUUCACGGUGCUUCAAUCCCAUCCUGACACCGGUUAUGCACCCCUCUUUGAUGCCCGACAGUCCGACCUAUCUACAACCCUCCAUCACCGCCCACCAUGUCCAAACGGCUCUCUACAACUCAUUCGUGCUGGACCCGAUGCAAUUCUUUGUUUUCGGAGCCAACGUUACUUACAGCAUGUCCCCUGCAAUGCAUAAUACUGCAUUCAAACUGUGUGGGAUGCCUCAUUUCUAUAAGAUAUACCAGUCGUCAACGUUGCGCGGUCUGAAUGAUCUUGUGGAGAACCCAUAUUUUGGCGGGUCGAGUGUCAGUCUGCCGUAUAAGACGGAAUGCAUUCCCCUUCUACACUCUAUGUCAUCUCAUGCUCGAGCGAUUGGUGCCGUCAACACGUUGAUUCCAAUCCGAAACCUUGACGGAGAGGAUCCUCGCUUAUCACGGGAAUCAUCGGUGUACCUGGAGAAAAAUCGCGCGGGUCCCGUCAAGGGUCUGCAUGGGGACAACACCGACUGGAUUGGCAUCUGCAACUGCAUUCGCCGGGGGCUUUCUCCUGCAAAUGCUGUCCGUCCUUCGUCGACAGGUCUUGUCAUCGGAUCUGGUGGUAUGGCCCGUGCUGCUGUCUACUCCAUGAUCCACCUAGGAGUGCAGACCAUUUUUGUCUACAACCGGACUCUUGAAAAGGCAGAAAAAUUGGCCCAUCAUUACAACCGGCAAGACCUGCAUUCCAAUGAACGAAGUGGGGUCAAUGGUCGCCCGAAAGUCAGCAUCCUGAACUCAUUGGAUGACCCUUGGCCUAGUGCGUUCAAGCAACCGACCAUCAUUGUCUCUUGUAUUCCAGCCCACAGUAUCGGCGGUCAGCCCGCUCCGAACUUCCACAUGCCUUCACAAUGGCUGGAGAGUCCUACCGGCGGUGUCGUCGUCGAUUUGGCAUAUAAACCUCUGAACACGCCCCUUAUGCAGCAGGUGCGUGCCCAAUCGCAUCGCGGCUGGGUUGCCCUCGACGGUCUCGAUGUCCUGCCCGAGCAAGGAUUUGCUCAAUUCGAACUAUUCACUGGCCGUCGUGCCCCUCGUCGCUUGAUGCGGACUAUUGUGCUUCAGGAGUAUAGCAACGAGGAAGGAGACACCGAUCAAAGUGCGAUUAGGAGUAGAUUGCAGAACCUGGACGGUCAGCCCACCUGA